UAAAAGCUCCAGGCCAUGUGGGACGGACAGGGGAGAGCUCUUAGCUUCGCCUGACUCUUGAAGCAGCUCCAGGGAGGCCUGAACCAGAUUGCUUGAGAUGAAGCUCAUCACCGUGGCCCUGGUGUGUCUGCUGUUGGCUGGGAUGUGGACUCAAGCCGUGGACAGCAAAAGUAUGCAUGUGUCGUCCUCCAACUGCUGCUACAAGUUUAUGAACAAAAGUAUUUCCCUGAAGAAUAUCCAGUGUUAUAAAAACACCAGCUCCACCUGCCCCUACGAUGCCUUAAUAUUGAAGCUGAAGAAGGGCAGAGAGAGCUGUGUAUUGAAGACAGUCAAAUGGGUCCAGGAUAAUUUCAGCAAGAUGAAACUCUGCCUGCCAAAGAGAGUAUGAGCAGAUUCCUUUCCAUCCUGGGCUACAGAGACCAUGUUGCUUCAUCUGUCCCCACAACUUGCAACCCUGCAGUACCCUUCUGUUCCAACUUUGCUAGGUCAUGGAGGGUCUGCUCAGGUUCUGAUAAGCUAUGUUAUUGCACUUUAAAAUUUUUGAAUCCUCAACUCCAGCUACCCUGUGUCUUUUGGAUCCCACCAGAGUUCAAACUUGAUUGGCGUUGAGGAGCUGGGGCCAGGGGCUGGAGGGCUGGGAAGGAGGAGGGAGACAUGUUGGACCUGGUGUAAGGGAAACGGACUCUUGUCGAUCAGAGCCAGUAAAUGACACACUGCCUCUCAGCCGACAGCCUUUGUCCUGGGAUUGGGGAUGAGUUUUGACUACAGGCUGUGUAAGAAAAACAAUUCAAUCCAAUGCAAUUCUACUCAGUUCUGUUCCAUUCUGGCAACAACUGCAGAUGCAGUGCUCCUUCCUCUGACCCUAACCGCCGGAGCUAGGUCAGGCCUCACCAAUUAAAAGGCACAGCCCUUCAGACUGCCACAUCGGCCCAAGACCUCAGACACCAACUGCAAGCUUGGGGGUCCUCAGGCCCCCCUCACUUCUGACCUACUGGCUCUCACUACUCCCUCAGGUUCAAUAAUUUGCUAAAUUUGCUAGAACAACCCACAGAACUCAAGAGAGUGGUGUAUUUAUGAAUACUUUUAUUACAGCAGAAAUGAUACAAAUGAAGAGACUUUACAGCCAGCUUUAGGAAGGUCCCCAGUGCGGUGCUUCUGUGUCCCAUGCACAGGUGUCUUAUCAUGUACACCUCCAUGUACACGGGUGUCUUAUCAACCAGGAAGCCCAUGGAGCUUCUCUGACCAGAGCCUUUAUUGGGGCCUCAUUACGUGGGCAGGAUUGAUUGAUCAGCCCAUCUUCCCUGAGGUCGCCUGAUAUCAGAGGGUCUUUCUGGCCUGGCCAGCCCCCAUCUGAGUUACCUCAUUAGCAUAACGUGUCAGUUAGGUGUGGUCUGGAGCCCUCAUAGUUAACAAAGACACUUCAAUCGCUGAGGGAGUACCAAGGUUUUAGAGGGUAUCUCUCAGGAAACAAGGAAAAAGAUCAACCCCCACCCCCUGGUUGUGAUGAGAAAGUGGAGCAGUAGCCUGAGCUGGGUCCAUGUUUGGGUUCAGGGCCCUCUCCUCUGGCCUGCCCAGAAGGUUCCAGGGGUGGGUGUAUAACGCUAACCGAAAGCCACAGUGCCUUAGCUGGUCGAGGUCUUGUGAGGUCAUCUGACUGUAAAACUGUGCUAAUCCCAUUUUGUAGAUGGGGUGACUGAGGCUAGAGAGGGGAUCCACAGACCUGAGGUCAUAUAGCCAGAUCUGGUGUGAGAGCCCAAGGCUCCCAUCUCUCAGGCCAGAGAUCUUUCUGGUAUCCCAAUUUGCCAAGUGAACUGCCUGAUGCAGCAUGGCACAGGGACCAUCUCUCACCGAUGAGCAAGAUGGGCCCUGCGGAGCUGGUUAGCAGGGUCCUUC